AGUGUUGAUUCAAUAGAAACGUUGCAUUCAAUAGAGUGUGUAAUGUAUUUCAAUCUAUAGUCAAAACACACRUUUGUGUCGUUUGUUUCGAUUAUUUUGCGAAAYAUAACAAAAACAUUGCAUUAAAUUGAAUGCUAUAUAAAAACGUGUCAUCAGUUCAUCAAAUCAUUAGUUAAUUUGAUUGUCAGCCGACAGACACAACCCGACUGUAAACUAUGGCCACCGCGACAUCCGAUGAAAACUAUGACUACAAGCGUCACGUGCGAGAGUUGGCCAAAGCGAUGACCACUCAGUCGGCAGCUCAGCGACAGCUGCUAUUAAGCGGACCGAAGAUCAAUAAAUCUGUAAUUGCCGAUAAUGGACAAUUGGAUCAAAUUGUCUUCAAACUUGAAUCACUUAACUUUUUUGAGUGCAUAAAGUGUGACAAAUUGGUUACAUUAUCACCGCAAGUGUCUAAUCUGACUAACUUGACGUCWCUAAUACUGCACAGCAAUGGCUUGCAAUCAUUGCCUCCCGAAGUCGGGUCGUUAACAAAGUUGAAAUUUUUGGAUGUAAGCCGAAAUCAGUUGACCGAAUUGCCCGACACUAUUGGCCACUUGACUGCACUUCAAAUGAUAAACAUCGAGUAUAACAAACUGACCGCUGUUCCCGAUUUUUCUGCUUUGACUGGACUGUUGACACUUAAAUUGUCGGGUAAUCAAUUGACUCAAUUUCCGACUAGUAUUUGUUGCGGUGACCAACCUUUACAACAUUUGAGUGAAAUACACGCCAAUACUAAUCUAAUAGAGGAAAUACCGCAUAAUAUCAAUAAAUUACCGGCACUAAAGACACUGGAUCUGCACACCAAUCAGAUACAAACAAUACCGGGACAGUUGGGUGAUUGUAAUAAACUAAAAGACAUUAAUCUUAAGAACAAUAAGAUUAAAGACAGACGUUUAGUCAAACUGAUAGACCAGUGUCACACCAAACAGAUACUCGACUAUAUACGUGCCAACUGUUCCCGUUCACAGAAAUCAAGUAACAAUAAAGACAGUGUUAAUGAUGAAAAAUUAGAUGAAAAAGAAAGUGGUAAUCGUGACGCUUCACAGGAUCGCCGACUUCGAGCCAAAGAUGCUCGACGUAGACGAAGGUCAUCAUCUCGUUCGCCGAGACAGUCGGAGAGUAACGACAAACCAUUGCUUGACUCUAUUCAACUGAUUGGAGUCGACAACGACGAGUGGUUUAAAACAACGACAACUCCUGCCGUUCACGAGUUACGCAAAAUAGUAGUUUGUUUGGUCAGAAAUGUUGAUCUUAAUAGAGAAGGCAUUUUGAAGAAGUUUAUUCAGUUACAAACUGGUCUUCACACUGGUAUUUGUGGACACAGACAACACGCGACUAUAGCGACACAUGAUUUGUCUAAGAUUUCUGGCAAACAAAUUCAUUUUGAUGUCAAACCUCCGACUAAAAUACGUUUUGUUCCAUUGAAUCGACAUAAAGAUGUGACGGCACAAGAGUUUUAUAAACAACUCAAUGAAGAAGCGGAAGCCUAUAGAAAGGAAAAGAAGAGACAAACGUAUUCAGGAAUUCAUAAAUAUCUUUAUCUAUUGAAAGGCAAACAACGAUUUCCUUGUGUUUUGGAUGAUAACAAAACUGUUAUAUCUUUGCCACCAUUGACCAACUCUGAGACCACUAAAAUAUCUGAGAAUACAAAAGAUCUACUUCUUGAGGUAACGGGAGAAUCGGUUCCCACUUGUCGUAAAGUGAUGGACGCAUUAUUGCAUGCUAUGUUAAAACUAGGUUUAGGCAACUCAUCGACCGCACCAACCACUGACAUCUCUACUGGCGAUCAAAAGACCAACGGUGAUCAACCACCGCAACCAUUGACUGCGAUAUCUGAUUGUGUAUCACUUAAAACACUAACUGUUGAACCGGUCAAAGUGGUUGACAUUGAGGGCAAGUUGUAUGUCCAAUACCCGUCCAAAACCGAUCUAAUAUUUGAAGACAUUGAAGUAAAACGUUAUAAAGAAUGAUAUUUUAAUCAUUAUGUAUUUCAGUGUUGUUUACUAACAGUAAAUAUUAACAAAAACUACAAUAAUUUUUAAAUUCAUGUUUAAAAAAGGGUAUAAAGUUAGGC